AUGAGAAACUCGAGGGACAUUUCGACGUUAAAAUAUGGGUGUGUUUUGGAAGAUUUUGAUGUGAAACGGAUUACAAAAUUACUGAUAGAAUGCGCAACAGGGUCUCCUUGUAAUCUUGACGGCUUGGACCCGUCGCAAAGUCGCCUUUGUGAAAUCUUGCAUCCAAAGCGAUUCUUGCUUGUGCUUGAUGACAUUUGGAGUGAGGAUUGUAGGAUGUGCGAUGAACUGAUACUUCCGUUCCAAUCUGGUGCAUUAGGGAGUCGAAUCAUCAUAACCACUCGCAGUGAAAAGGUUGCAAUGGCGAUGGGAAACAGCCACAUGCACAAAUUGGAGGCCUUAUCUGAUGAGGAUUGUUGGUUAAUGUUCAGCCGCAGUGCAUUUGGCGAUCGGAGUGAAGAAGAGCAUUUGGAGUUGAAAGAGAUUGGACAGGGAAUCGUAAAGAAAUGUGGAGGCAUACCACUCGCAGCAAAGACAACAGGGAGUGCCAUGCAGUCGAGAAGGAAGAGAAGGCAGUGGAAUUUAGUUGGUGUCAUGUAA